AUGGAUCGCGCAGGCACCUCGUCUAGCGGCCAGUCGCCGCGGCCCACCAAGAGAGCGAAGAGGAGCUCGAUCGCGUGUCGGAGGUGUCACUCUCAGAAGAUCAAGUGCUCCGGCGGAACUCCAUGCAGUGCCUGCUUGACCGCGGGUAAGGCAAGUGAUUGCCAUUAUCCGUUUCGAGAGCGCAAGGUCACCAUAUCCGAACACUACCUCAAGCAGUUGCAGGCCGACUCGGAUGCUCUCAAAUAUCGGGAUGCAGUCGGGCACCGCCAGGUCGAGAGCUCUGAAGAGGACGACCAGCGUUUGGAAUCGCUGGCGCUGGCGCCUGCGCCGGGGCCGGACGUCGAGGUUGUGAAUCCCUUAUUCGAUGCGCGUCAGAUCCAGCCGUGCACCCAGAUGGUGACGGAGCCGCCAUUUAUCGGCGAGGCGGCGUGCGAUGCCUUUCGUGAGAGGCUCCUGCAGUCGCUCAACAAGAAAGAUGUCAGCUCGCUGCCAGCCACACCGAAGUAUAUCAAGAACGGCCUAUUCGGGUGCGAGGCCAGCGUCGAUUACGCCCUACCCGACCGGAUCCAUGCCAAGCUCUUGCUGCAGGUGGCCAAGAGGUUCAUCGGAAAUGGCCAGCACCUGUACCUGAACUCGUACAUGGAGGAGCUCGAGAGUGUCUACCAGCAGGAUGCCAAGCCCAGCGCCAUGUGGCUGUGCAAAUUCUUUGUCCUGCUUGCUCUUGGCGAGCUGUACUCGAAUCGACAGCGCCGGGGCAGCAUCGACCAGGUCCCGGGCGAGAACUAUUUUGCCACGGCCAUGAGCGUAUUGCAAGACCAGUACGAGGAGGCCACGACCCUGCACGUCGAGGUCUACCUGCUGUUGGCAUGUUACUCGAAUGCGUUGGGUCGGAUCAGAUCUGCCUAUACGCAUUCAGGCGUCGCAAUGAGGAUCGCGCUCAGCCUGGGCAUGCACAGGUCGACCUCGUCCAUACACAUUAGUGCGGUAGAGCGCGAGUCGCGACGGCGCAUCUGGUGGUCUCUCUAUCUCUUCGACCGGCUGACCUGCUCAAAGCUUGGCCAGCCCGUGGCUGUCGAAGACGAUGUUAUUGACGUAGAACUCCCGACAAUGGAUGGACUUAACGCCCAAGAGAAAGAGGACUUCUCUGAUCCGAGCCAUUUAUGCGCCAGCGUUGGUCUUGCGAGGAUAACAGGAGACAUAU